GCGCUCUCUGACGUUUGACGUCACCGACCCACGUGACUGGCAAGCCGAGCGCUCGCCGUCCUCCCCCGCCAGUCCGGUGUGGCACCAUUAUGAAAGACUCAUCCUCCGCUGGCUCCGGAGCGGCGAACGCUACUGGGCACCUUGUUUCACGGGCUGCGGGAUCCGCCCCCACAUUGAGCUGCCCCGAUAGAUGGCUGAGAGCCCCGGAGGAGACCUGCCAGAGCCUGCACGGUGACGAGAAUGUCCCAGAAAUCUUGGAUAGACAAUACAUUCACCAAGAGGGAAUGCAACUAUAUAAUUCCAAGCUCAAAGGACCCACACAGAUGCCUUCCAGGAUGUCAGAUUUGCCAGCAACUUGUGAGAUGCUGCUGCGGCCGUUUGGUCAGACAGCAUGCAUGCUUCACAGCGAGCGUGGCCAUGAAAUACUCCGAUCUGAAACUAGGUGAAAAUUUAAAUGAAGAGGCACAAGAGUGGUCGGUUGAAAAUAAUACAGAAGAAAGCCCGACAGAUGCAUAUGGUGUUAUAAACUUUCAAGGUGGUUCUCAUUCAUACAGAGCAAAGUAUAUUAGAUUGUCUUUUGACUCUAAGCCCGAAACCAUCCUACAGCUGCUAUUAAAAGAAUGGCAAAUGGAAUUACCCAAACUCUUGAUUUCCGUACAUGGCGGAACGCAAAAAUUUGAGCUUCACCCACGCAUCAAACAAUUAAUUGGCAAAGGUCUAAUCAAAGCAGCAGUGACCACAGGAGCCUGGAUAAUAACUGGAGGAGUUAAUGCUGGAGUUGCAAAACAUGUUGGAGAUGCACUUAAAGAGCACGCAUCGAGAUCAUCCCGAAAGAUAUGCACAAUUGGUAUAGCUCCUUGGGGAUUAAUUGAAAACCGUAAUGAUCUAAUUGGAAGAGAUGUUACUGCUCCAUACCAAACUCUGCUUAACCCUCUGAGCAAACUGAAUGUCCUGAAUAACAUGCAUUCUCACUUCAUAUUGGUGGAUGAUGGCACAGUUGGGAAGGACGGAGCAGAAGUGCACUUAAGGAGGGAGUUGGAAAAAACUAUAAACUUGCAGCGUAUACAUGCACGUAUUGGCCAGGGUGUACCUGUAGUUGCACUGAUAUUUGAAGGAAACCCCAAUGUUAUUGUCACUGUGCUAAACUAUCUUCAGGAAAGUCCACCUGUUCCCGUUGUAGUAUGUGAAGGAACUGGAAGAGCUGCUGAUAUAUUGGCUUACGUGCAUAAACAAACUGAAGAAGAUGGGACCCUUCCAGAGGGUGCUGACUCAGAAAUAAUUUCAACAAUCAAAAAAACCUUCAACUUCAGCCAGUCAGAAGCAAUUCAUCUUUUCCACACUGUGAUGGAGUGUAUGAAGAGCAAGGAACUUAUUACUGUAUUUCACAUUGGCUCUGAUGAACACCAGGACAUUGAUGUUGCAAUUCUAACAGCCCUUCUGAAAGGAACCAAUGCGUCUGCUCUGGAUCAACUGGUUCUAACACUGGCAUGGGACAGGGUUGAUAUAGCAAAAAAUCAUGUUUUUGUCUAUGGGCAACAGUGGCUGGUUGGGUCUUUGGAACAAGCCAUGUUAGAUGCCCUUGUAAUGGACAGAGUUGCUUUUGUCAAGCUUUUGAUUGAAAAUGGAGUGAGCAUGCACAAAUUCCUAACGAUACCCAGGCUGGAGGAACUUUACAACACAAAACAAGGUCCUACUAACCCAACUCUGUUUCAUCUUGUUCGAGAUGUAAAACAGGGAAAUCUACCCCCAGGCUAUAAAAUUACCUUGAUUGAUGUGGGACUUGUGAUUGAGUACCUGAUGGGAGGAACAUAUAGGUGCACGUACACAAGGAAACGUUUUCGGAUUAUUUACAAUAAUAUUCAUGGAGGAAAUCGGAGAUCUGGGCGAAAUACUUCAAGCAAUACACCUCAGAUGCGCAAAAACCAUGAUUCAUUUGGAACAAGGGCAGAUAAAAAAGAUAAAAUGCGGCACAAUCACUUCAUCAAAACAGCACAGCCUUACAAGCCGAAAGAUACAUCUGCAGAUGAUGGGAAAAAGAAGAGGUCCAAAGAUGAGUUUGUUGACAUAGAUGAUCCCGAAAUGAAACGCUUCCCUUACCCUUUUAAUGAACUGUUGGUUUGGUCGGUGCUGAUGAAAAGACAGAAAAUGGCUCUUUUCUUCUGGCAACAUGGAGAAGAGUCUAUGGCAAAAGCCCUGGUGGCCUGCAAGCUGUGUCGUUCUAUGGCAUAUGAAGCGAAGCAAAGUGAUGUGGUGGAUGAGACUUCAGAGGAGUUUAAAGAACACUCAAGUGAGUUUGGACAGCUUGCAGUUGAUCUGUUGGAUCAAGCUUUCAGACAGGAUGAAACUAUGGCAAUGAAGAUUCUUACCUAUGAGCUAAAAAACUGGAGCAAUUCAACUUGCCUCAAGCUUGCUGUAUCUUCACGUCUUCGCGCUUAUGUAGCCCAUACCUGUACUCAGAUGCUGCUGUCUGAUAUGUGGAUGGGAAGGUUGAACAUGAGGAAGAAUUCCUGGUAUAAGGUGAUUUUGAGCAUUUUGGUUCCUCCUACCAUCCUUAUGCUGGAAUAUAAAACAAAGGCCGAAAUGUCCCAUAUACCACAGUCUCAGGAUGCCCAUCAAAUGACCAUGGAUGACAGUGAAAACAACUUCCAACAUGCAACAGAAAACAUUGCCAUGAAUGUUUUUAAGGAAGUUCGAGUUUUUGACAACCUGGAUGUGAAGCAUGAAAUUGAGACUCAGGCAAAACCCCGAAAGCUUCCAAUCGCCCAGAAGUUUUAUGCUUUUUACCAUGCUCCAAUUGUGAAAUUUUGGUUCAACACCUUGGCAUAUUUGGGAUUCCUCAUGCUUUUCACAUUUGUAGUUCUUGUGAAAAUGGAAUUUGCUCCCUCUGUACAAGAAUGGAUCGUGAUUGCAUACAUUUUUACUUCAGCAGUUGAAAAGAUUCGGGAGAUAUUUAUGUCAGAAGCUGGAAAAGUAAAUCAGAAAAUCAAAGUGUGGUUUGGGGAUUAUUUUAACAUCACAGACACCAUUGGUAUUAUCACUUUCUUUGUUGGUUGUGGAUUAAGACUUGGAGCAUAUAGCAAGUUUUUGCAAGAUCCAGAAUUUAAUGAAGAUACCAAAGAUGAUAUCUCCAAAAUUCUUGUGGCUGGGAGAUUAACAUACUGUGUCAAUAUAGUUUUUUGGUACGUUAGAUUGUUGGACUUCUUGGCUGUAAAUCAGCAAGCUGGACCAUACGUGAUGAUGAUUGGAAAAAUGGUGGCAAACAUGUUUUACAUCGUUGUCAUUAUGGCUGUUGUGCUUUUGAGUUUUGGCGUUCCAAGACAAGCCAUCCUCUAUCCCAGCGAAGAGUCAUCUUGGGUCUUAGCCAGGAAUAUUGUUUUCCAACCUUAUUGGAUGAUCUUUGGUGAGGUGUAUGCUUACGAAAUAGACGUCUGUGCCCAUGACUCGCAAGUAGCAGAUCUAUGUAAUACUGGAACAUGGAUUACCCCAUUUCUUCAAGCAGUCUACCUCUUUGUACAAUACAUCAUUAUGGUUAAUCUUCUUAUUGCAUUCUUUAACAACGUGUACUUACAAGUGAAGGCCAUUUCAAACAUUGUGUGGAAGUACCAGAGAUAUCAUUUUAUUAUGGCUUACCAUGAACGACCCGUUCUUCCUCCACCACUAAUUAUUCUUAGUCACUUGGCAUCUGUAUUCUGUUUUGUGUGCAAAAGAAGGAAAAAAGACAAAUCUUCGUAUGGACCAAAAUUAUUCCUCACAGAGGAAGACCAAAAAAAGCUUCAUGAUUUUGAGGAACAGUGUGUUGAAAUUUAUUUCAAUGAAAGAGAUGACCGAUUUCACUUGGGAAGUGAAGAGAGAAUACGCGUUACAUCUGAAAGAGUCGAACAGAUGUGUAUUCAAAUUAAAGAAGUUGGUGAUAGAGUCAACUACAUCAAGCGUUCAUUACACUCAUUGGAUUCACAGAUUGGACACCUGCAGGAUCUGUCGGCUCUCACUGUGGAUACUUUAAAAACUCUCACUGCGCAGAAAGCUUCAGAGGCUAGUAAGGUUCACAAUGAGAUCACACGGGAGCUCAGCAUUUCAAAGCAUUUGGGCCAAAACUUAGUUGAUGAUGGCCUCAUCCGUUCUUCCAUGAGGAAAAAACAAAGUGUUGGAAAUUUCUUUGGAUCUUCCUUUCCCCAGGGAAGUCCUGAGGCAAACAGUAAUUUUCCGUUCAACAUAUCUCUGAGAGAUGAAAGAAAUGCCCAAAGCAAAAAGAGAAGUGAGCACAUGUCUUUUCCACCUUGGAGAGAAAAAUUAAAUAUCCCAGAGGCUGGUCCAUCUGGAAGUGCCUUAAUUUCUGCUGAAGACUGUACUCCCGAGCUGUUGAAGGACGUGCAAGGCUCAGAAUUGCUUCCUGAUAAUCAGAACCCUGGUAAUUUAACCAGUAGCGUCCCAAGCUUCAAAUCUCCUACCGCUACGUUUUUCGUAAGCACGCCAAAUCAGCCUAGUAAAAGUCAACUGGAAUUUGUACCCAUGCUUGAAAAAUCCAUUCAAAGGAACACUUCAAAAGAAACAGAAAAUAUUGUAGAAUAUGGUGCAUUUGUUGGUCAUAAAGAAAGUUUAAUGAUCCCGAAAAGAAAAGAACAUGCAACUCUGGACAAGGAAGAUGUGAAAGAAACUGCUCUUGAAACACUUCCUCCCCCGAACUUGAAGCAAGUGAGAUCAUGUGCGGGUUUCAUGGAAAUGAAUACACUUUCCCAGUCUCUGCGCAUGGACCAGUUACACACCAGUAGCAGGAGAGCAUCUCUGACGGAGGAUACAAAUGUGGAAGACUCAAAGCAAACUCUGACGGAUUGGCUAGAAGCUCACGUUUCUACUUCACACAAACCAAAACUACCUGUAGAAGUAGACACAUUAAAAGGUAUCGGAUCUCCCUUUAAACCGAUUGUGGAUAUUAAUUACUGCUAUUCAGCUGUUGAGAGAAAUAACUUGAUGCGAUUGUCACAGAGUAUUCCCUUUACUCCAGUACCUGUAAAAGGAGAACUGGUCGCUGUAUAUCGUUUGGAAGAAAGCUCCCCAAGCACCCUGAACAAUAGUAUGUCCUCUUGGUCACAAAAGGGACUGUCUGCCAAGAUAGAGUUUCUUAGUAAAGAAGAGAUGGGUGGAGGCCUGAGACGGGCUGUAAAAGUGGCAUGUACGUGGUCUGAAAAUGAUCUCCUCAAAGCCGGUCAUCUCUAUAUAAUAAAGUCAUUCCUCGCUGAAGUUGUCAACACAUGGUCAGGGGUAUACAAGGAAGACACAGUUCUUCAUCUCUGCCUUAAAGAAAUUCAACAACAGAGGGCAGCACAGAAAAUGACCUAUGCUUUCAAUACUAUGAAACCAAAAUCAAUUCCUUACUCCCCAAGGUUCUUAGAAGUUUUCCUCUUAUAUUGUCACUCAGCUGGGCAGUGGUUUGCCAUCGAGGAAUGCAUGACUGGAGAGUUUCGUAAAUACAACAAUAACAAUGGGGAUGAGAUCAUACCAUGCAAUAUACUAGAGGAAACCAUGCUGGCUUUUAGUCACUGGACAUUUGAAUAUACAAGAGGGGAGCUUCUGGUACUGGAUUUGCAAGGUGUUGGUGAAAAUUUAACUGACCCAUCAGUCAUCAAAUCUGGAGAAAAGCGGUCAUCAGAUCUGGUGUUUGGACCAGCAAACCUGGGUGACGAUGCCAUUAAAAACUUCCGUGCUAAGCAUCGAUGUAAUUCUUGUUGCCGGAAGCUUAAACUCCCAGAUUUGAAAAGGAACGACUACACUCCUGAUAAAAUCAUAUUCCCUCAGGAUGAAAAUACUGAAUCAUCAACAGAUCCUGAGAUUCCCACCAAAGAACCCAACAAUUCUAUUCGCUUGAUGUUGUAGCCGUAAGGCUAACUCUUCAUGACAAUUCACAUAUCCUGACAGAGUUGGGUAUAUGGCACAAAUGUGCACGCUGCUAGAAGUAUUUUUCAUUUUAAUGUAAAUGUUCUUUUUUCCCGUAAAGCCAUGCCUGUAUGUAUAGCUACGGAUUAAUAAAUAGGUCUGUGGUACAACACAGAAGUCUUCUGCAAGGGCAUGGCAGUUGUGUUGCCUAAAUGAAAUAAGUUGUAACUUUUAACUGUGCAUAGUGGCUAUCUUUUUUUAUACAUUUCAAUUUUAGCAGUUCAUUAUUAAAGCCAUGAUUGGCAGAUUCAUUAUUGUACAAAUGAAAGGAAAACCUUUUUAACUUCCUAUAAAUUGCCUUGUAAAGAGAUAAAUAAGUGCUUUUUCUUGUAUAUCUAAAAAAGCUUCAGAAGUUAGAUCUUCCAAAGACCUCAAACUGUACAACUUGUAUAUCAAAAGAGAAUGUAAACACUCUUGUACCAAUUUUUCAAUGUUUAAACUUCUGUACAAAAAUCUCUAUUGUUAUGUGGUACCUAAAUUAUGGGACAUUGCAAUGCAACUUAGCCAAUGAAUUGUAAUUUAAUUAUUCUUAUUGUUUAGAUGGAUAUGUCUGUAAGAAUUUUUUUAAUUUUUUUUUUUUUUAGAGGUACUAAAUGCAAGUUUUAAAUUACAGAACAAAUCAAAACGUUCUAUACAUAAAAUGCUGUAGUGUAUCUUAUAGAUACAAUACUUAUAAAGGCACGAACAAAACUAGACAUUAAAAUUAUGUUUUAUGUCUCUGGGGAAAGGUGAACUAUUAUACUGUAUACAUUUUAUAUAUCAUUUAAAUCUUAAAAAAAAAAAGAAAAUAAAUUUUAUUCUUCGCAAAUGUGUCCUUUCUUAAUCUUGUUUAAAUUGGAGCAUCCCAACAUAAGGAUCCAGAAAUAAAAACAUAAAACAUUUUUUA